AUGCCCAGACUCAACCACAAGAAGACGCGGACCGGCUGUCAGCGAUGCAAGGCGAGGAAGGUCAAGUGCGAUGAGCAGCGACCGAAAUGCUCUGCCUGCACACGCCACAAUGUGUCCUGCGAAUACAUCGAUCCAACACCUCGAAGAUCGGACAAUUUGUCCUUGACGACCCCUCCCGCUGAGUCGAACGGAUAUCAUGGAGACCUACAAGGGCUUGAUCCCAAACUUGAGAUUCGCCUCAUGCACGAAUGGACUGCCUACACGUGCUCGAGCUUCUCGACUGGUACGGAGUUCUGGCGUUUCCAGGCACCGCUGUUCGCCAUGGAGCAUCGCAUGGUACUAGAUGCCAUGUUUGCUCUGGCAGCUCUACACUUUUCGCGACAAUCGCCAAAGCAAUGGAUUCCAAUGGAAGGCCGCAUGGUACCGAUACGAGAUCCCAUUCAGAAGCCUGCCUAUGCCACCAAGGACAUAUCUGCUCAGUGGAAAGAGAAUGAAGAUGCCGUAGACGCAGCAAACGCUUUGCGCAAUUCGAACAACGCUGACUACGUUAGCACGAAACGCAGACAAGAGAUGCUCAUCAACGCGCGUGUCUACUUCGACAGAGCCAUCGAUGGCCAUCGCAGAGGUCUCUCAGCACUCACACGAGAGAACGUCGAAGCCGUCUACAUCACCUCCAUCCUCGUAUCAUUUCACGCAUUGUUCACUCUAAGCGACUCCUACGAAGACAGGACCCUCCCAACACUGGAUCCCGUCGUAUGGCUACGCCUUGCCGAUGGGACUCGAUAUCUAUGCGAGGUGUGGAGAGGGCUCAUGGGCGAAGAAUUUCUUGAAGCCAACGGUGUCUACUUCGGGCGCGGCAAACUGGACGAAGAAGACGCGCUUUUCCAGCGUGAAUUCGGCAGACCGUUCGAGAAAGUCCUCACUUUCAACGAAGAGUACGAGAUGGCAUCUCCAGGAGACAAGGAUUCGUACCAGAAGUGCACGGCGUAUAUCGCAUUGGUGUACAAGAGCAUCAUCGAAGGAAGCGAACCAGCACUCGCCAACUGCCGUCGCUUGGUAGCGCUGCCCUCACGGCUACCCAAGCGCUUUCUGGAACUGCUUGAUAUGCGGGCUCCUAGAGCAAUGGUCCUGCUUGCGCAUGCGUUUGCUCUGAUGAAACUCAUCUCAGACACUGUUCCCUGGUUUGCGGGCAUAGCUGAGCAGCAGGUCCCAAAAAUCUAUCAGAUCCUCCAACCUGGUUGGCAAGAGCUGAUGGCUUGGCCCAUGAGGAUCGUUGAAGGACGGUCGGAGCAAGAAUCGAAGGGAAUUGACAUUCGAGAUAUCAUCUCUUUGUGA